AUGCCCAUUCCCAUCAUCGCCACUGGCCUACGGGAAGGAAUUGAUGCCAUUCCCUAUGCCUGGUCUAUCCUCCGUGUUGCGCCAUGGCUGCUGGCCUUCGCUGCGCUGAAGUACUACUUCGAAGGAGCCCGCAACACCUCCGAGCGCAUGAUGCGUUCGAAAGUCAUAAUGGUGACAGUAAGUCAAUUGACCACUCCAAACCAGCCAACCCAACUAACAAUCCAGGGGGGCACAUCAGGAAUAGGAGCCGAAGUAGUCCGCGAACUAGCCACACGAGGCGCGCAAGUCGUCCUCCUAACCCGCCAACCACCCUCCGACAUCUUCCUCUCAGAAUACAUCGACGAUCUCCGCACCUCAACAAACAACCAACUCAUCUACGCAGAAGAAGUAGACCUCUCCUCCCUCCACUCAAUCCGCACCUUCGCCACAAAAUGGAUCGACAACAUCCCACCCCGCAGACUCGACUGUAUCAUCCUAGCAGGCGGCACAGCAGAACCAUCCGGCCCCCGCCCCCUCACCAUAGACGGCAUUGACCCAGAAUGGCAAACAAACUACCUAUCCAACUUCCACCUCCUCAGCAUCCUGAGUCCAGCUCUGCGCGCUCAACCUGCACACCGUGACGUCCGCGUCAUCUUCACUUCCUGCUCCAGCUAUAUCGGUGCGGAUUUCAGUUCCCUGGAGACAAUGACUCGAGGUAAACAAGUUCAAACUUCAAAGCGCACUAGUACAAAGCCUGCUCUCUACGCUAGACCCAAGGGUGUCUAUGGACUGAGUAAGCUUUGUUUGACUAUCUUUGCGCAUUCGUUCCAGCGCCAUUUGAAUGCCUAUAAACGCCCGGAUGGUCUGCCGCCUUGUACGCGUGUGAUUGUCGUUGAUCCAGGCGUGACCCGGACACCGGGUAUGAGGCGGUGGUUGACGGGUGGGUCGUUGUGGGGAUUGGCGCUGUAUUUGAUUACUUGGCCUGUUUGGUGGUUGAUUUUCAAAUCGCCAUCGCAGGGUGCGCAGAGUAUCCUGUACGCGGCUAUGGAGGCGCAGUAUGGACGUGGUGAAGGUGGUUGGUUGGUGAAGGAGUGUCGGGAGAUGGACUAUGCGCGGACGGAUGUUUCGAAUGAUGAGGCUGGAAAGAAGCUUUGGGAGUUUAGUGGGAAGAUGGUUGAGGAGGCGGAGAAGGAGGGUGCUGUUGUUAGAGCGCUGGAGAAGAAGGAAGUUGAGGCUGAGAAGGCCGAGCAGGAGAAGAAAGAGAAGAAAGAGCAGGCUGGGAAGAAGACUGAUGGAUCGAGGAGGAGUCGGAAGGGCCAGAAUAAGUAG